AUGGCGUCACAGGCUCCGCCCAUCUCGGCCAUCUGCAGCCCGCAACCUCUUCCGAUCACUCUUGCUGAGCGCGAGCGCCAGCGGGAGAUCGCAAGCUACUUCGCCGCUGCAUCCAUCACUCCCAACUCACCAGCAACUGGCCUUCGCGUCCAACCCAGCAUCUCCCCAGACCACAUCUUGACAGGCCUCACCCAACUAGGUGCUAUUCGUCUUAACUCUAAUCGCGCAUUUGUGUCGCUCAUUGAUGGGAAACACCAAUAUAUUGUGGCCGAGGCUACCAAGACCGUCUCGAUCAAGGAUUCCAAGCGAUGUAGGCCCGGCGACGAGGUCUAUUUGGGCACCACAGCGCUUGACAUUGAUUGGGGCGUGUGCCCCGGAACUAUGCGUCUAUUCACCGACGAGACAGGAAAACUGGCCAUUGACACCAAGAACAUUACUGCUGACACUAGUCGAUACAUAAUUCGUGACUUCCAAGCGGACCCAGCCUACAGCGAACGGCCGUACGUCAAAGGAUGGCCCUAUAUGCGCUGCUAUGUCGAAGUCCCCUUGAUUUCUCCGGCUGGUUAUGUUAUAGGAAGCUACUGUAUAGUCGACGAUAGGCUUCGAGAUGAUCUCGACGACGAGUGCGUGAGCAUAUUGACUGAAACAUCCAUUGCUAUCAUGGAGCAUCUGGAAAACAUGAGGAUAAAAACCAUGCAGUCCCGCACUAAUCGUCUUCUGGAAGGUCUAGGAAUGUUCAUGGAUGGAGACUCGUGUCUCAAUAGCACAGCACGAAUGCACAAAAGACAGCGCAAGGGGCUCCUCCGAGUUGGCGAACCAGACAGCUCCAGGGGUGCUCUUCCGAUUGCCAACUUCCAGUCCAAGGACGCCAUCGGGACCUUUACACUGCCAGAUUCUGGAACAGCGUCUUCGUUCCUUUCGUCUUCCGACGGGAUCGCCGUGACGCCAUCCACCGUCCACACCAAUACCAGUUCAUUACCCCUGACAACGCCUGAUAGUGGGUCGCCGGAUCCAAUCGCUCCUCUUGAUCCUAAAAAGAACCCAAAGGCUCCUAAACAGCCUGUUGUUCCUCAGAAGUCUCGCAAGCGCAGCAUUGUCAAGUUACCAAACUCUCGCCAAAAGCAGUCAGUCGUCACACUUGAGAUUCAGAAUAUUGUGGGCGUCGCAGGAAGUCUCAUUCGUGACUCAAUGGAUAUUUCUGGCGUAGUUUUCCUCGAUGCCCAUUCAACCCAUCGAAAGACGGCCACUGAUCUUGCAUCUCCUUCGAAACAGUGUCGCGAAGCUAGUCUUACUACUCACAGUGCACUUGGCACUGAGGAUACGGAGGAUCAAAUGGUUUGCGCCAUACUUGGUCUCUCGUUGUCAGCGCAAGCAGCCAACGAGGACUUACAAGAUGAAGACCUAUUCAAUCUCCCUGAAAGGCUGCUGCAGCAAAUGAUUGAUUCUCAUCCUAAUGGGCGCAUAUUUUCAGCUGACGAGUUCGGCCUGCUCUCGGAUAAAGAAAUAAAGACAGCUGUACCCGAUCUCAUGAGUCCGUAUGAACCCAAUACAUCUCAGAGAUCGUUGGAGACCUCAAAGUUCUUUGAGGCAUUCGAAGGGUCACGAUCAAUCAUUUUCCUCCCAUUAUGGGAUGUGCAACGAGCCGGCUUCUUUGCAGCUAUAAUCGCAUGGACAACUGAUUUCGAACGUCUCUUUGGACCGACAGACCUCACAUACUUGUCUGCAUUCGGCAAUUCGAUAAUGGCUGAGGUGGCAAGAGUCGAGGCUAUGGCCACCAGCAGGGCCAAGUCUGAUUUCAUAUCAAGUCUUAGUCAUGAGAUAAGGAGUCCGUUACAUGGAAUUCUCGCCAGCUCAGAGCUUCUCAGAGAGUCUCUAGGCCCGUCAACUCAUGAUCAUGUUUCAGACAUGGUUGCCAUGAUUGAAUCCUGCGGCAACACUCUUCUUGAUACUUUGACUAAUCUUCUCGAUUUUGCUAAAAUAAACAGCUUGCUUAAGCCUCAGUCAAGCAACCCCGACGUCCCUAAAAAGUUGCAAGAAGUGGACGUACGAAUGAGUAUCAAGCAAGAUGUCGAUAUGAGCCUCCUAGUUCAGGAUGUCAUCGAAGGGGUAUACCUUGGAUUCAAUGGUUAUUCCUAUAGAACCUCUCCCAACAUGGACCAACAUAGCCGACAUUGGAUCCACUCACAGAAUCCCUCAUCUCAGGACGGUGUAACGCAAGACCCGCCGCUAGUCACAUUCGACAUCGAAAAUCGGCCAUCAUGGAUUCUAGAGCUCGAUGUCGGGGCAUGGAAGAGAAUUGUGAUGAAUGUUUUUGGCAACGCAAUCAAGUACACACCCGGUUCCGGCACGAUCCAAACGUCACUACGAAUUGAAGCUAUGCCAGGCACCACAAACGCAGUUGACGCUAUUUGUUUUGAGGUUGCCGACACAGGAAUGAGCUCCCAAUACCAGAAAGACCACUUGUUCAAACCCUUCGCCCAGGAAAAUACGCUCAGUGUUGGCACUGGUCUCGGACUUAGUAUCGUACACCAGCUCGUGACAAGCCUCAAAGGGAUAAUUGAGGUCGAAAGUGAAGCCGGAGUUGGCACACGUGUUAAGAUAUCAGUUCCGCUUGUCAAAGCUCCACCGGCUCGCAUCGUAGAGCUGGAUCUUCCCAACGUUUCGUCUUCGAUCCAAAGCCGCCACAUAUGCAUUAUAGUACCACCUACAGACUCGUCACCAGAUGACAACAAUGCCUUCAACACAUCUAGACGGACUCUGUCUCUUCAGAACUCUCUCAAAACUCUGCUGAAGGACUGGUUCGGUGCCAACGUUACCCUUGAUACGGAAAUAGGUCGGACGGAGGCUGAUCUGUACAUUACCGAGGAAUCGACAUUGCACUCAUCAAAAACUUCCUCGGUGCUUCGUGGCACAGGAGCUGCCGGCCACGAGUUAGCGCCUUUGCUCGUCCUUCGCUCGAAUUCCCACGGAGGAAAACCGAACUCGGGCUCUGAUGGGAGGAAAGUGAUCUUCAUGCGCUAUCCGGUUGGUCCUAAAAAGAUGGCAACGUUCCUCAAGCAGGUGUUCGAUGGAGCUGUCGCGUCAGAACCACAACCGAGCACUACUGCACUAGAAGAGCCCUUGAGUGAACACAACCACACCGGUGCCGAUAUCGAUACUUCAAAUGAUGAGGAAGCCGUCACCGAAGCCUUAGUAAACGGAACCAAGUCUAGCUUCAACACUUCAAAGCUCGAAGAAGCAAUGGCUGCCAUCCACAUCACAGACGUCACCUCUCCGAUCCCAGCUGAAAUCAGUCUCGAGCCCAUCACCUCUCUAACCUCCGCACCCAUUCCUCCCUCGCCCUCAGAUCCACCCGCGCAACACGUCCUCUGCGUAGACGACAACGCCAUAAACCUCAAGAUCAUCACUACGACUGUCAAAAAGCUCAGCCUGACCUGCGCCGCCGCCAUUAACGGCCUCGACGCCCUCAACGCUUACAAAGCCACCCCAACCCCCUUCACGACCAUCUUCAUGGACAUCAACAUGCCUAUCAUGGACGGCUUUGAAGCGACCCGCAACAUCCGCGAGUACGAGCGCGCGAACCAACUGCCGCACUGCCAGAUUGUGGCCCUGACGGGCUUGGGGAGCGCAAGCUCGCAGCACGAGGCGCUGAACUGUGGGGUGGAUCUGUUUCUGACGAAGCCGGUGCCGAUGAAGACGCUCAAGGGCAUCUUAGGGGGCACCGUCGGGAAGAGGGAGAAUGGAUGACAAAGAGAGCCAGUAAGUGGGAAGGAAUAGACUUCAUGGGAUUUGCGUCUCCCGUGUUUUGUUUCAAGCAAUAUAUACCCGUAGUUCAAGGCUCGUUGCACGCAUUAAAAGGGAAAAGAUCAGAAACGAGGGCGCACAUCGCGCCCCUGCCACUGGACGGGAGUGCCUACAGUUUCGGCCGGAGGAUAGGCAUAGAUAGGUGUUCCAUUUUCGGCUAGUUAAUACCAGAACGUUUUGCUCAUGAUAUCUGCUUGGUUGAGCCUCAAGGUUUUGAUAAGGACUAGCGUCUUGGCGUUUGCAUCCAUCUUCGGGCAUCGAUAGCCUGACGUAGCGACUCUAAACAAUCAUCACG